AUGGUUGAUGAAUGUGUUCUCGAAGUGCCCAAUCUAAGCUACUACAUGCUUUUUGGUCUCAACCUAGCUAGAUUAGAAUUUGUAAUUUAA